AUGAAUAAGGCUUCAGUUCUGGGGUUGCUGAUCUGCUUUCUUCUUUGCCUUCAGUCAAGAACUGAGGGUUCACAAAAUAAGAGUCUUGUUGAAAACACUACUACUACUUGUGAGAUAACUGAAUACGAAAUUGGUAUUCCACCAGCGCUCACCAUCGAUAAGGGCAUUAGCACAUUUUUCAUGACAUCUGUUGCUAUAGUAGCUGUUUUGUGCAACAUUCUCAUCAUAUUGGUGGUCUCGUUAAAUCCGCACAUGCGYACUACGACAAACUACCUCAUCUUAAACAUGGCUGUUGGUGAUUUGGUUUCCACCGUGAUAGGAACCUCUUGGACGGUGAAGUAUGUGCAAUCGGGCUCGGAGUGGGACGGGGAUGAAAUCUUUGGCGAAUUCAUCUGGUGCAAACUGGGCUGUCCUUUGUAUUACAUCUGCAUGCUCUGCUCCAUAUACAGCCUCGUUGUUAUCACGUUUGAUCGGUUCCUGGCAGUUACUCGUCCUUUCCAGUACAARMACUACUCUUCCUGGACGAAGUUUACCAUACMUGGUAUUUGGGUUGCAUCUGCUGCUGUGCCAAUGCACCUUGCGAUGGAAAAAAUGAUUUUUUGUAAAAUCGACGGCAAGAAUUAUUGCAUCACCAAGAAAUCUCCAUUUGACGGCAUUCUUCUUCUCUCUCUUGGGUUCAUCCUUCCCCACGUGAUCAUAAUAAUUCUAUAUAUGGUAGUUGCCUACAAGGUCUGGAAAAGACGAAUUCCUGGAAAGCAUUCWGAAGAAGUGGAAAGUCAGCCAUCUUCCAAUMAGGUUGCCAGAAAAGUCACUCGCAUGAUAAUAAGCAUCCURGUGGCCUUUCAAGUAUCRUGGGGUCCAGUCUUCUACGGCUAUGUAUUUCCGUAUUUGUAUUUGACGGAAGAAAAGCAAAGCUACGCCAAUACGUUUUGGUUCAAGAUUCUGAUGAUCUCCAAUGGGAUUUUGAAUGCCCUUAUUUACGCYAUUUUCAAUGAAAAUUUCCGAUGCGCAUUCAAAGAAGUGCUUCUCUGUAAAUUUGCCAUGAACAGCAACCAGCAUGAUCAUCCAGCUGCUCUGCAUAUCAUAGUUCGUCUCAGUAAAGCCACAAUGAAGAAGGUGUCUCUCUUCGGUCUGUUCAUCGCUCUUUUUGUUCUAUGCUUACAGUCAAGAUCUGAAGAUUCGCGAAAUGGCAUUAAGAAAAAAAAUUCAACGAAUACAUGCGAUGUCGAUGAAAAUGUCUUUCUCACGAGGUUCGACUUCGGCAAUGAUUURGGCUGCGCCAUCAUGAUUGCUAUUGCCACAGUGUCAGUCCUUUGCAAUGCUCUAAUCAUUCAUGUUGUAAGAGUUAAUAAACACAUGCACAGUUCCACCAACUAUCUCAUCGUCAAUAUGGCGGUUGGUGAUUUGGUUGCAACGGUUUUAAUUACCAUUUGGACAGUGAAAUGUGCUCGAAGUGGUUCGACAUGGAGUGGGAAUGAAUUCUUURGUAGGUAUAUCUACUGCAGACUGGGUUGUCCAUUGUAUUAUGUAUGCAUGCUCUGCUCCAUAUUCAGUCUUCUUGUGAUCUCUUUUGAUCGCUUCAUGGCCGUCACACGUCCUCUCAAAUACAAAAACCAUUCUUCCUGGACAAGGUAUGCUAUUCCAGCUAUUUGGUUUGCUUCMAUGGCACUACCAGCUCACUACRUUUUGACAAAAAUASACUUCUGUGCAGGAAAAGAUGGAAAGUACUACUACUGCGCCACACAACAAUCCCCUGUCGAUGCCAUUUUGAUCAUYACCUCUGGAUUUGGUCUWCCCCUCUGUGCAAUUGUAGCUCUCUAUGCGGCAAUUUCAUACAAGCUCUUCACAAGACGUGUUCCUGGSGAACAAGKYGAAAAGGUUGACRKCAAAUCCACAGCCAACAAACUUGCCAAAAAGGUUACUUACAUGAUAAUCUGCAUUCUCACGGCAUUUGAGUUGUCGUGGAGUCCAAUGUUCAUUGGAUAYGUCUUCCCAUUCUUAUUCCGUGGCACAAUCAAUGACAAUGCAUUGAGYAUUUUUAUUUUUAAACUUCUGAUGAUAUSCAAUGGAAGUUUCAACGCCCUGAUUUACGCAAUCUUCAAUGACAAUUUCAGAGUUGCAUUCAAGGAAACACUGCACUUCAAGAUAUUGAUGAAUCACUUGAGAAAACUACGAAAAGGAUUCCACGCCUUUAUGUCUGGUGCCAGACAUAGCAAACGCAAAUUGAGACCAGAACAGUCCUCGACUACAGAGACUGAAGAACAAGAAAAGUUAUAGAUCUAUCGGGUUUCUAAUGGAAAGGUCUAAAGACACUGAUAAACUAAAUAAUUCAUGCGUUAUUCUUAAUUCCUUUACAAAAAUAAUUAAAAAAUUUGGUCGAUGCCUUUUUUUUCAAUAAAUUCCAGCUCAAGAUCAGAUCUGAUGAGAAAAUCCAGUUCUGUUUUCUUUUUAUUGUCAGUUUUUGUGUCAGUAUUUUGUCAUUUUUAAAAGUUCCUAUUAUAAACAUUGUAGAGAGACAAUGAAGUUGUAGAACGCACAUAUUAUACGACCUAUACAUACUAUACAAGUAAAUGAGAUAAUUGUUUGUAAACAAUACGAAAAUAUGCUAAAAAGUUUACUAAUAGUCAAUUGUGAAUAAUGCAAAAAAGGUUAAUUAAUUAGAAUAGUAGUGUAUGA